AGGUAUGUAAUAAUUCCAGGAGGUGUUACCCCAGAAAAUCCCAGUAAGAAUUCUGACGCAAAUGUUAUGUUUUCACUGAAAUAUAAAGCCGUGGAAGAAGAUAUCAUGGAGCGCUCCUCAGGAGAAGACCUCCUGAUCCUUAAUGUUCGUCCAGGACGUCACACUACAGGUCUAUCAGAUUCUACCGACCAAUCACGGAUUGUUACUGCAAGUCCAGAUCAGAGAGGAGGGAAAAGGUUUCCAUGUGAUGAAUGUGGAAAACAGUUUACAAGAAGACAAGGUCUUUUUGGACACAGAAGAAUUCACAUGGGGGAGAAGCCGUUUUCCUGCUCUGAAUGUGGGAAAUGUUUCACACGAAAAUCCAACCUUGCUCAGCAUGAGAAAAUUCACACAGGAGAGAAGCCACAUUCAUUUUCUGAAUGUGGAGAAUCUUUAGAAAAUAACUCAGAUCUUGUUACCCAGGAGAAAAGUCAGACAGGAGCGCACCCAUAUACAUGUUCAGAAUGUGGAAAAUAUUUUACACAGCAGAACAGUCUUGUUAUACAUGAGAGGAUUCACACAGGAGAGAAGCCAUAUUCAUGUUCAGAUUGUGGGAAAUGCUUUACACAACAAUCCAGUCUUGUUAAACACAAAAGAAUUCACACAGGUGAGAGGCCAUAUUCAUGUUCACAGUGUGGGAAAUCUUUUAAACAACAAAACGGUCUUGUUCAACAUGAGAGACUUCAUACAGGUGAGAGGCCAUAUUCAUGUUCAGAAUGUGGGAAAUCUUUCACAGAUCCCUCAUAUUUUGCUAGACAUAUGAAAAUUCACACUGGGGAGAAGGUGUAUUCAUGUUCACAAUGUGGGAAAUGUUUUACACAACAAUCCAGUCUUGUUAAACAUGAGAGAAUUCACACAGGAGAGAAGCCAUAUUCAUGCUCAGAAUGUGGGAAGGGUUUUACGGACAAAUAUAAUCUUGUCAUACAUCAUAGAAGUCACACGGGAGAGAAGCCACAUUCAUGUUCAGAAUGUGGGAAACGUUUCAUAACUAAAGACAAACUAAGACACCAUCAGAGAAUUCACACAGGAGAAAAGCCAUAUUCUUGUUCAGAAUGUGGGAAAUGUUUCAAAAAUAAAUCACAGCUUGUUAGACACGAGAGAAUUCACACAGGAGAUAAGCCAUAUUCUUGUUCAGAAUGUGGGAAAAGUUAUUUACAGAAAUCAGAUCUUGUUAAACAUGAGAAGAGUCACAAUGGAGAGAAAUCAUCUUUAUAGUAACCAUAAUAAAAAAAAAAUAAUCAGAUAAAUGCCAGAUUCAACCCCACAGAUCCUAUCUUCACAAGUAAUCAGUGUAGGGGUAUCUAUACAAAUUAUAUGCAAAUUGUGACAUUGUAAACCCAGCCCCCCAAUUACACAAAAUCCCAUGAUACAGUAAUGUAUAUACCCCCCAAAGUGUCUUAGUACAGUACAUUAAUAGAUUUAAACUAACUUUAAUCUCUUUUCCCUUAGUCCCAUCAACAGCACAAUAAUGGAGAAUUCUGCUCAUCUGCGUAUUAACUAGAGCUCCCACCCUAGAAAAGGACGUCUAGCCUCUCCCAUCUUGUGUUUAUUAUAAAGUGAUCUAAUUGGCGGCGGGAAGGUUGUGCUGCUGAUGGGACUAAGGGAAAACACAUAAACAUUAGUUUAAAUUUACUCUUCCUUUCUGUCCCGCAGCAGCACAAUAAUGGGGAUUUUGCAAGUAAUAACCCCAUUGGCUGGGCCCUCUCGACUAGCCGAACUCAAAAUCGACCACUUGAGUUGUUGCCUCUGAGAACUUUAAGGCUAGGUUCAGACUACGGAAUUUCCGCCUGCAAUUUCUCUUUGAAAUUGCAGGCGGAAAUUCGGCUUGCUAAAAUGUAUAGUGUAGUGAAUGGGUUUCCGUUCACAAAUUCACACUUCGGAAUUUGUGAAGCGGAAUUUGUGAACGGAAAAUCCGCUUGGAAAUUUCCGCCUGAAGAAAGGGGUUGCUCUUUCUUCAGGCGGAAAUCCGCGCGGAACACAUUGCAGUCAAUUGGAGACGACAGUGCCCGCGCGGUCCUAGCGCCGACUGAUUCAGCCGCACUCGGAAUCUCUGGACGGAAAUUUUCUGCCCGGAGAUUCCAUAGUCUGAACCUAGCCUAAUUUUAAUGUGGAAAGAGGAGAACACUGCUCGAGAGGAAUGGGCUUUUAUAAAAAGCAGCAGAAAAAUAUCUGUCCAAAUCUACCCAAGACUGAAAUAGCUGGUGGGGGCUAGAAGUCCUUUUAUAGGGUGGGUGUCUAGUUAAAGGGGUCCUGAUGUCAUGGCUGCGGGGAUCCUGAUGUCAUGGCCACGCCCCUCGUGACAUCAUGCCAUGCCCCCUCAAUGCAAGUCUAUAGGAGGGGGCGUGAUGUCUGUCACUCCUUCUCCCAUAGACUUGCAUUUAGGGGGUGUGGCCAUGACUUCACAACCCCAGCACCCAGCUGGGGCAGGGGGGUACCACUUUAAUUUCAUAAUACAUUCCAUCUGUCGUACUUGUACAGAGGGGCAGAAUUACCCCAUUAUUGCGCUGCUGAGGUACGUAAGGGAAUAACAUAUCACAUUGUGGAAAAAAUAGGCAGAUUGAAAUGCCAAAAUAAUGGAAAACACUCACAUGUGCCCCAUUGCUGCCCAAUCACCAUGUCAGGGCGGGGCUUGAGGCUUCUCCGUACGCCAUCGCCUAAUCCCUUGCCUAGGACUAGGACAAAGCCCUUUUGAUGAUUUUCUAUUCAACUGGCUCCAGAAAGAUUUGUAAAUUACUUCUAUAUAAAAAAUCUUAAUCCUUCCAGUACUUAUUAGUUGCUGUAUACUAAAAAGGAAGUUGUGUAGUUCAGUCUGACCACAGUGCUCUCUGCUGCCACCACUGUCAAUGUCAGGAACUGUCCAAAGUAGGAGCAAAUCCCCAUAGAAAACCUCUCCUGCUCUGGACAGUUCCUGACAUGGACAGAGGUGUCAGCAGAGAGCACUGUGGACAGACAGAAAAGAACUACACAACUUCCUGUGGAGCAUACAACAGGUGAUAAGUACUGGAAGGAUUAAGUGUUUUCUGGGCAGACUUUGUACUUUAUUCUCUCCCUUCUUUUACGGUCCAAGCUGGCAGAUUCUUUGGCUUUCUAAUUUCUUCAAUUUCUUCUCUAUCCUUUUUGUUUUUUUUAAUUUUUUAAAUUUUUUUAUUUACUUAUACAUAUUUUUUAUUUGUUUUUAUUUCUUGCAUUUAUUUAAAAAAUGUAUUGACCUGGGGGUAUUAGUAGUGUUGCCCUUCGUUGUGGAGUUAUGUUGUAAUUCCCAACAAAACCUUCACUAAGACGAUACUCAUUUAUUUACUGUUGCGCCAUUGUUAAAGGAUUACUCCAGCAAAAGUUAACUUGUCCCCUAUCCACAUCAUAGGGGAUAAGUAGCUGAUGGCGGGGGGUCCGACCGCUGGGACACCCAGUAAUCUCCUGGACCCCAGCUCUCACAAUGAGCGGUUGUGUCGUCUACCCAUAGACUGCACGUGCUCCAUUCAUUUCUAUGGAAGGGCCAAUGAUGCCCGAGAGCAGUCGGACCCCCACGAUCAGUUACUUAUUCCCUAUCCUGUGAAUAGGGGAUAAGUUAAAGGACAAGUACCAUGGAAAAAACGUAUCCCCUGUCCGUUGGGGAUAAGUUUUAGAUCACAGGGGUCCGAGCACUGGGCCCCCCCGCGAUCCCCUGUUUGGAGCCCCGGCUUUCCUUUACAGCAGCGCGUCACGACCCCCGCCCGA